AUGACAGGUGUUACGACAAAAAUCGUUUUAAAAAAUGCUACCAAAUUUUCACUUGAUCGCAGAUUUGGUGAUAUUGCAAAGCAAACACCACGUUAUCAACCAACUGUGACAGUUUCGUAUGCUCGAGAUGAAAUAUUUCAACAAAAACGAGCUAGUGCAAAUGAGAGACGACAGGAAAUAAUGAUGAGAAAUCGACCAUCCACAAUAGACAUUGCAAACCGAUUGAAAAAAGUAAAACUUGUUGUAUUGA